AUGGGACCGUCGCGAGCGCUGCUGCGGGUCGAGGCGUCGGACACGUGCGCUCGAGUGUUUACAGGCGCUGCGAGUGAGUCCCUCGUGGCGGCUCGCGAGCUGUCGGUCGACCGAUCGCCUGCCCGGCGCCGUCUGAUUGGGGCUCGCGGGUCUGCGACGGCCGCCGCUGCGAACGAGAUGGGCAGCUUUGCAGCGGGACCGCCCGCGCUCUGGCUCGAGGCGUGCGACAGCGGCUGCUACGUGGGAAGAUCAGCUGGCUACGUGCCCUUCUCUGGCGCAGCGUGUCCACAAACGGCCGCCCGUUCGCAGACUUGA